AUGCCUGUUAGCAGCUUCCCCACGGAUUCGUUCUGCAAAGCAGCUGAGGCUAUCUUCAGAGACGCUUCCCACCAAUCUAUUGUACCAAGACACUUUAUCAGGUCGUAUUUCGAAGCAGAGUGUGAUGCUUCCCGACUGAAGAUAUUGGAUUCCAUCAUAAAUUACUUCCAAGAUCCAGCACCUGGGAAAAGACGGGAAACCUUCAUCGUUUCACCGUUCAACGACAGCAUCAACUUCCUUGUGAGAUAUGGAGCCAAUUCUCACGAGCGGAGCUUGACGGUCCUCGGAACAUCCGACGUGAUAAGAAACGUGCCAGCAUGGCUCGUAGAACUCAUUGAUGUCAUAUUCUGUGCCAUGCGUCUUCGGAUAUUCAGCUUUAGGCCUAAGGGGUUCAGCUGGUUCUUGGAUCAACAGCGCCUUGGACACACCUUGCUGACGCAACUCGGACGAUUUGUUCACUUCGGUACCGACCCGUCAGACAAUGGCUCUCUCUCGAGGUUUCCCGCUGUAGAAGACAUUCGCAACAACGGUUUCUGGAACUUUAGGGGUAGGAUGUCCAGAAGCCAGCUCAACGGUGGUGGCCUUGGCCUUGUGGACUGCUCUGAGUCCACGGUGGAUGAUCAAUUGGCUGAUGAUGAGGGUGAGGGCUCACAGGCUCAGCCUCGUUCGCUACCUUCUAUUCGUCGAAGCAGCCGCCUCAAGCGGAGAAGGGUUGACUAUAAUGAAGUGUCGGAUAUCGACAUGGACUUGCCAGCCAAGAGCAGCAGUCAUGAAGAUGAGGGCGACCUUUACAGCGAUGGCGAGAAGGAGUCUGACCAGAGUUCCGGAGCCCAAUCCGAGACUGCUGAGUUCUCUUCACAAGAAAAUAACAUUCCAGAUGCCUGUGUGAAGGCACCUGUGAAGGCCAGAUCCACGCCCCUCGUGCCCACGUUUACCGAAGCCGACCUGAUUUUCCCAUUGACUCAGCCUGAAGAAUUGAAACUAUUGGUUCUCUUUGCCGCUUCAAUCCAGGUAGCACAACUGCAAACGCUGGUGUACUACAGCCGUGAGGAAGCCAGUUAUUGCUUGGCAACCUCUGCGAUUGACUGGGCUUCGGUCUCUAUAGUGGCGGAAGGGCUCACUCCCAAUGACCUCAAGGGUCUAUAUGCUCCUGAAGUCUGCCGGCAGUUGUUUGAGUCUGAUGAAAGCGCCGAGAUCAGGCGCAAGGCUCUGCUGGGACCAAAUUGCGAGAGGCUCAGAGGUGUGUCGUCUUUCGAAGGCGAGCAACCACGGGAAGCGGACCCUUUUGGCUUUAAUGACUCGCCGAACACGAACGGUCGUGUGUUGGGCGCUGCUCUGCGUGCGUCGAGUCCAAACGUCCUUGCGUGCGCCCGUUUGUGGGAAACAUCUAUUCUCACGUCCGCGAGUGUCGUGGUCGUUGCCAAAACUGCGUUGCAAGAAAGGUGCCUUGCACGCGAGGAAACUUUGGAGGAAACCACAAAUGCAAGGACUGCGACGCCGGAAGAUCAAGAUUGUGGCAACUUUUCGCACGACAAGAGAGGAACUUGCCAAAUUGUCAGGGCAAAUGCGGAGUCUGCUUUGCGGCAGAGAUUCCCUGCGUUCGGCCUCCGCUGUCCAGGACUUGCGAAGAGUGCAGUCGUCUCGGAAAGGGUCCCUGCAAAGACUUCACCCAUCCGAAACCACAAAAGACGUGCACGAUGUGUUGGUGCGAUUACACCCAUCAGCAGCACAAAAGCCAAUGCCGCAAGAGAUGCACAGAGAGCGUUGCCCUGGAGGUGCAAGACUGAGGAUGAAGCCGAUGUUGAGGAUAACGAGAGCAGCGAGCAUGGAGCGGAGGAUGCAGACGAGGACAGCGAGUGUUGGGAUUAA